CGGGCUGUAGCUACCGCUGUGCGCAAAGACGCACAGGCAGCGACUGUUGUGCGCUACAACUAGCGAGGGCUGUCCGGACCUCCCUCUUUAUCCCCGACAGCUACUCAGACAGCACCUCCCUCCAGGUCGGGGCGGAGCCAGCCUGCUUGACCAAAAUUUUUCCUUCCUGCCCGUUGGCCACGCGUUUAAUGAGGCUGGUGGGAGAAGAGACAUUGCUGCGCGCACGGGCUGCAAGCGGCAUGUUGUGCGCGCCAUGGCUGCGUUCGGGCCGCUUUGCCAGACCCGUCGCUUUGCCCUGGUUGAAGCGCUGCAAAAGGCCGAGUUUUGCAGCGGCUGCUGGAAGCAAGAGGGCGCUGGGCGAUGAUUCCCGGAGGAGGUGGUGCUCUGCCGUAUCCGAAGGCGGGACGAAGUGGAUCAAGCCCCCGGGCCGAGAGACCGGCAUCCGGAUUUACAACAGCCUAAGCAGAAGCAAAGAGCCUCUGAUCCUGGGCAACGCGGAUGUGGUGACUUGGUAUAGUUGUGGGCCAACAGUGUAUGACCACGCACAUCUUGGGCAUGCUUGCUCUUAUGUUAACUUUGAUAUUAUUCGAAGGAUAAUAACCAAGAUGUUUGGGAAGGUGGUAGUCAUGGUGAUGGGGAUCACAGAUAUAGAUGACAAAAUAAUUAAAAGAGCUAAUGAGAUGAAUGUGUCUCCAGUUUCCCUUGCCCGCUUUUAUGAGGAAGAUUUCAAGCAAGAUAUGGAAGCAUUAAAGGUUCUUCCUCCUACAAUAUAUAUGAGGGUGACUGAAAAUAUUCCUCAGAUCAUUGCUUUUAUACAGCAGCUUGUUACCAACGGACAUGGUUAUUCAACCUCCAAAGGUAAUGUCUAUUUUGACAUCUGUUCUUGGGGAGACAGAUAUGGAAAACUCAGAAAUAUUUAUCUUGAUGCUCAAGAAGAACUGGUUGACAGCGAUAAGCGCCACAUGAAGGAUUUUGCACUUUGGAAGGCAGCCAAACCUGAGGAAAUGUGCUGGGAAUCUCCCUGGGGGAAAGGAAGACCUGGCUGGCACAUCGAGUGUUCCACAAUCUCCAGUUUAGUCUUUGGACAGCACUUGGAUAUCCAUACGGGUGGAAUAGACCUUGCAUUUCCCCAUCAUGAAAAUGAGAUUGCUCAGUGUGAAGCUUAUCAUCAGUGCCAGCAGUGGGGAAAUUAUUUUCUACAUGCUGGACAUCUACAUGUUAAAGGGAGUGUGAAAAUGUCAAAAUCAUUAAAAAACUACAUUACAAUUAAGGAUUUCCUGCAGAAGUCUUCACCCAAUCAGUUCAGAAUGUUUUGUUUGCGAAGUGGAUACAGAUCAGCCAUAGAAUAUAAUGAAGAAACCCUGAAUGAUGCAAAGAAUGUCCUUCAUACUAUCUCUUCUUUCGUGAGCAAUGCAACUGCCUACAUGAAAGGGCAACUCAACUGCGAAGCCAUUAGGGAAGAUGUACUGUGGGAAAGGUUGUCCCACACUAAAGCAAUAGUAAAAGGUGCCUGUGCUGAUGACUUUGACACCUCCAGGGCUGUCGGUGCAAUUACGGAUCUCGUUCGCCAUGGCAACAGACAGCUUAAGGCCGUCACUAAGGAAGCUGGGUCUCCUAGAAGUGCUGUGGUGUUUGGAGCCAUCAUCUCCUAUAUACAGGAAUUUCUUAACACAACCGGAAUCACCCUUGAUGAAGGACAGGUUGCUCUAGAACGUAAGCAUUCAGCCAUGCUGUCCAGCGUGAUUGAUGAACUAGUGAACUUCCGGAUCAAAGUGCGUGAUUUUGCUCUUGCUAUACCUGAAACAACCGGCGUGCCCGCCGAAGGCACUGUCCUGUCAAAAGAAACAAAACAGCAACAAAAGGCGGAAAAGCGCCAGCUGUUACAGGAGAGACAACCUCUUCUGCAAGCAUGUGACCGCUUACGGCAAGACCUAGCUGUUUAUGGGAUCAACAUAAAGGACAGAAGUACAACUUCUAAUUGGGAACUUGGACAGCCCAUUAAAGAACCGGAGAAAAGUUGAUGCAAAUGUGGAAUACAACUGGACUGAAAUACUGUGAGGGUAACAAGAGGAUCAAAACAUUUGUGCCUUGAGUUAUUAGACUUCUAUAUCAAGGUGGUCUCAAGAUUUCUCAUAUUCCAUACUUUAAAUUUAGAAACUAUGCUUUUGUUCAUUCUUCGAAAAGACUGGUGCUUUUUGGAACAUGGUACGGAUCCAUUGCCCAAGGCAGCAGGUCUUCCUUUUUCAAAAUCGUUCAAACCUGUUCUCAUCACCAUCAGCACUGCAGCUAAGCUGAUUCAUCUAGGAUCUGUAAAAAAAACCCCAACCUCUCUGGGAAAAGUUUCCAUCCUGAGGUCCAAGGAAGUAAGAGGCUGUGUGGAUGCCCAGCAGACUGCUGUACUGCAUAGAUGGUGAGAGAAAGGAGGGCGGCAGCCCAGGAUCUGGACAUCUUUCACAAUGUGAAGAUUGAAGAAAAUAAAAGUGCUCUUCCCACUAUAAUUCAGCAUGAUUUACUGCACAGGCUGGUCAGAUGAAAAGUUACAAUGGUAGUCUGGAGAAGACCAGGAUAUUUAUAACGGUGACAAGUCAAAAAUGUUUGGGGUGUCGUUUGCUGUGGGAGAAGACAGAAUUCAGCAGAUGCUAUUUGUAUAAGAGAGACUUACUUGCGGAGUUGCAGACUUUAAUUAAUGGGCCUGUAUUGCUUAACCCAUACAUCAUUAAACAGCUGGCACUGUU